AUGGUCGAAGGUGCUGUGAACUGCGAUCAAAAACCUCAUUUUUCGAAUUUUAUGACGUGCUGUAAACUACCAACUGUCAAUUUCAAUUCUUAUUCAAAUUGUAGUCAAUAUCAAAAGUCUAACGAUAAGGUUCCCAGCAUGUGUGCUUUGGAUUGCUUGUUUAGAGAAAGCAAAGCUUUGGAUAAUGAUCAAUUGAACAUGAGUAAUUUGCGUACUAUGUUAAAGAAUGUAAUUUCCAAUUCGGAGUUCAUGGAUGUAUUUCUAUUGAGCUUUGAUCAGUGCAAGACACCUGUGUAUGAAAAAAUUAAAAAUUUUAAGAUAUCCAGUCGCAUACCACUGCAAGGAAAAAGUCUCUUUCAACAAUGCUCACCCGUUGCUUCGCUAUAUGCUAAUUGUGCACUCAAAAAUUCUUUUCUGAAUUGUCCAUCGACGAGUUGGAAUAAAACCUCAAAUUGUGAAACUGCAAAGGAGUACUUAGCGACGUGCGCCAAAAAUUUCGAGCGAGGGGGUGGAAAGUUAAUUGUACGUGGUGCUAAUAGAAGUUCAGACAUGAAUUGGAAGGUGAAUUCCAGAAAUAAAACUGGAAACAAUUAA